AUGGCUGCCGACAUUAACCAUCAAUUUCACCAAGUCUACAAGACCACCUUGAUCCGUGCCAAGGACAUGGAAACGCGCUUCAUACGUUUAUACCCCGGACCAGAAAAUGGUGAACUCAAAGCGGAACUAUUCACAAAAUCCCUCAAAACAUUCAACGACUACGUCGCAUUGUCGUACACCUGGGGCAACACCUCGCCAUCCCAGGUCACGGAAAACUUGUGGGAUGGACUAAAGAGACUGCAACGCCAUUUCUGUACCUCUACACCGAUAUCAGUCUGGGUUGAUGCAAUCUCUAUUAACCAGGAUGAUACAAACGAAAAGAACUUGGUAGUACCCAUGAUGAAGGAUGUCUACUCCACCGCACGCCUAGUCAUUAUAUGGCUUGGCGAUGGGGAUGAGGUUAUUGAUAAGACUUUCCAGGCAUUGGAGAAGAUAUCAGCGCGGGUCGAGCAUCUGCCAAAGUUCCUGCAAAAUCAAGAUGACUUACGAACAAUUGCUGAAACAUCUGAGGUUGACAUUGAAACGUUGGUUGAGGGAUUUGUGGACGUCAGCAAUCGAUCCUGGUUUCGCAGAACAUGGAUUCUGCAAGAAGUUGCUUUACCAACCACUUCACCCCUGGUGAUCUGUGGUAAUAGUGUCAUCCAAUGGGACCGAUUUAUCGAGACCUUGGCGUACCUUCACCAGUUCUUCGUCGAUGAGGAUGAAGGCAAAGGACGAGUCAUGCCACCAAACCUGCGCAGUAAGAUUCAGGGUGCUAAUGGCUUGAAUCCGCGCACGCCUAAUGUCACAUACCACAUCAGAGAACACUAUCAUCACUGGAAGGGCAUCAUCGGUGGUAUUCCGUUCAUGCCCUUGCUGGAGGACACGGCACUCUGUCUUUGCUCCGAACCAAGGGACAAGAUUUAUGGCUUCUUGGCGCUGGCAGAUGAUGAAUCGAGAAAGCGAAUCGAAGUCGACUACAACAAGCCGAUCCAGCAGGUCUAUACUGAAGCAUUUGAACUAUCGGUGGAAGGGCUUGAAGGCUUCCAGACCUUGUCAAAAGCUGGGUUACAGUUCCAUAGUGACCCGAACACAGCGUGGCCGUCUUGGCUUCCCAACUUUGACCGAUGCGGGGAGCCUAGUUUCCUGAAACUUUUUGCUCAAGAGCAGAGGGGUCGCGGAAGUAUCUAUAACGCGUCAUUGGGACUUCCUCCAGUUAUGAAAAGAGAAAAAAACAAGCUAUAUGUAUUUGGUCUCUUUGUUGGCGAGAUCGAGUUAGCAACACCGGCAUAUUCCCAGCAAGCAGUACCGCAGUCAGGUUUAGCGAACCGGCCAACACCCCAUAAUCAAACAUCAAGCUGGGUCCGGCUGGAAAAGGCCAAGUCAUUGUUGCUUCUGGAACAAGCAGGCUUGGAAUCAGACGAGUGUUAUACGGAAACUGGGCAUGUGAUACCAGAUAGCGAUUCCUUGGUAUGCUCUGGGUGUAUCUAUGAGCCAGCUCUUGACUCAGCUCCACGGCCUGGCCAACAGCUUAACGUAUCUAUUAGUUAUCAAGGAACUCCCGUUCAAUGGGGUUGGGAAUUUGUUGAAUCGACAAACAAAGAUCACGAAAUUACACCUGUAGUGCCUUGUAUCGAAGGUAAGCCGCUUAAAGAGGCCAUUUGGAGGACGAUGAUUGCCGACCACUUUGCCUAUUUGCCGUGGAUGGAAGAAGGGGUUCCAGCGCCCGACGCUUGUUCUAGAGCUGUACUAAAGUACGCAUCCCACCAGUCAGGAAGGCAUGAUGAGUCGGUGGAAAAGGAGACAACUGUGGACGAGGACAGAGUGGCGCAGAAUGCCAUGGUAGUUGCACUCUCCGGACGGUGCGUUUUGAAGACAACAAAUGACUGGAUUGGUCUUGGAACGGUUAAUACGUUGCCGGGGGACGUGGUUAUAGUUAUCGCAGGAGCUGAUGUGCCUUUUAUUCUUCGGCCGUUUGGGGAUCGCUAUCGUCUGGUGGGUGAGGCAUUCGUGGAGGGCUUGAUGUUUGGUGAACUGUUUGAAGGCGAUCCGGUAUUCACGGACGAGCCGCAAUCAGAUCUUCAAUUGGAGGGCUUUCUCUUAUUUUAA